GGUUAUUUUUACUUGAUUUUUGGCGCGGUCUAACCUAAAAAAUGUCAGACAACGAAGAGCUGCAAUUUAAAGCUUAUAGAGAAGACAAGCGAAUUCCGUGUCGGUAUGGAAGUAAAUGUUAUCAGAAAAAUCCAACGCAUCAUGAAAAAUACAAGCAUCCGCCUACCAAAGAUGCGAAAAAUAAAAAUACAACAAAUUACGCAACAUUAGGUAAAAGAAGAAAGAAGAAAGAUAGUAAAGAAGCAUCAAAUAACUCUCCAGAGAAGAAAAUGUCAAAAAAGAAUGAUGACACAAAAGAUGAAAGCUCACACAGUCCUUUAUCUGUUGUAAAUGAUACUAUUGAUGAAAAGAAUGAUAAUUAUUAUGAAAUUGGUGAUGAAUCAACAAGCUUAAAUUGUACAGAAUAUGUAAAAACUUCUAAUAAUCAAAUCACCAUCUUGUCACUAUUAAAAGAUGCCAAAAUUAAUGUUGAAAAUGAUGAAACACUCCAAAUCAAUGCACAGAAAGUUAUUUCCCAUUUAUUUCUUACUGAAAUGCCAGAAGACUUUUUUCAAUUUUAUGAAUUCUGCAAAAGUAUCUCUGACAUAGAUUCUUUUAAUGCAUUAAAGAAUGUUAAUUUGCAAUUAAUAGGUCCUUAUGAUGUGUUCAGAGAGAAAUUUCUAAGUUUUAAGGUUGAGGACAAAGAAGUAUUAUUGAGACAUUGGAGAUAUUACUAUGAUCCACCAGAAUUUCAGACCAUUAUCAAGGAUAAUGGCAAAGAUGGUUUGCAUUAUGGUUAUUGGAGAGAUGAUGCUUCAGAGAAGCCUGUAUUUGUAGGGAAGAACAAAGUAAAUGUGAACUAUUUAAUAGAACCAGUUGCAGAAAAUAUAUUUGGUGCUAUUGAUGCACACAUAGGAGAAAAAUUAAAAUUAACUUCUCCCUUUGAUAGACUUCGAUUAGCACAAUUACACCAAAAACUGAGAAAUUUUGCAAAAGAGAGGAAAAUAACUUUGGAGAAAAAGACAAUUAAUAUGCAAGCCAGAGAAAUGCAAGUUGUUGCAAGGACUUUCCACAAAGCUGGAAUUGUGGUACCUUAUAAUAAAAAGACUCAAUUAGGAUAUAGAGAUUUGGCAGUAAGCAACAGUGAAUUGCAUAAAAUUCUAAAACAAAUAGAACAUCCUCCAAUACCAGAGGCUAGGAAAACACCCAUGUUAAAGCUUGAAGAAGUGAUAAGAUUGACAAUAAUUGCAGCUGAUGAAUGUGACUUUGGCACUGUUUUGGAGCUAGGCCAUGACCUCUUUUCUAGUGGCAUUUCCUACGUUCAAACAAAGGCACUGAAUUUGCUUGCACUUGCCUACAACCUUUUACAGAAACCACAGUUCUUGGAAAUUGCCCAGGCACAUUUGAAAGACAGGAGAAAGAGUUUAAAUCUGAGUGUUAUUCAAUUCUCUUAACAAUCGUCCAAC